ACCUUCAUGGUAGCUGCUUCAGGCAAAGUCAAGGGGUUUGAUGCCAACUUAGGCCCUUUACCACAGGUAGAAGAGGAAGAAACUGAAGCAGCCUUAGUUACACCUCAAGCUUCAGAUCCCCUUGGCCCUUGCUUGGAGCCUCUAGCUGCCUAGCCCCACCAUGUCCAAGCAAAACCGCGACGUUGAGUUAGCCCGCCUGGUGCAUGACAAGCCACUCAGUCAUCCUAGCUCCUCCCCCUCCCAUCGCAGCCUAGCUGAGCAGCUGCCCAACGUCCCCAGCUACCGCUCCACCACUGCCGCUACCUCCCGCAUCCCUGUCCUUGUCGCCAGAAAGCAAAAGGCUGGUGUGACGAACCCCAGUUUUUUGAAGGAAGAAGGGUCAUCUUCUCACACCCAGGGAUGGCCAUCAGGGAGAUACCCCACUGUGAACAUCAACAAUAGGAAUCCCAAGAAUGGCUCUUCAGGGCUGCCAGUAUUUGCCGGCCGUGCUCAGACCUCACCACCAAAGAAACCCCAAACCCUCGCUGUACCGGUUAUAGCCAAGGCUCCCAAGAGGAGGAAACGCUCUUCCCAGGAGGAGAGUGUGGAGGAGCUGAAAGUGCCAUCUCCAAGCCCCUCACCAGUCAAAGCUUGGCCGGACCUUUCCAGUCCACAGAGAGAAGGAUCACUUUGUUUGCCAGAUCGCAGCAGCUCAACAGCAAGCCAAAACAGUGCAGUUAUCAAUGACCGUCUGCAAGAACUGGUGCGUCUCUUUAAAGACCGAACAGAGAAAGUGAAAGAGAAAUUGAUUGACCCAGAUGCUUCUUCUGACGAGGAAACCCCCGUGGCGUCACCUUCCAAAGAAAAGCCUCCAGAAGAAAAAGAGGGAGCAAGUGAGAAGGGUGGAAAGAAGCAAGGUCGCCCACGUGCAAGAAAAUGCCAGUUCCCUAGCAGCAUUGACCCGCUCACCAAUCUGAUGUACAUCUUGUGGCUCUUCAUUGUGGUUUUGGCAUGGAAUUGGAACUGCUGGCUGAUUCCAGUCCGCUGGGCUUUCCCGUUCCAAACACCUGCAAAUGUUUAUUACUGGAUGGCUGUGGACUAUUUCUGUGACCUCAUCUACAUUUUGGAUAUCAGCAUCUUUCAGGUCCGCCUGCAAUUUGUCCAAAGAGGAGACAUCAUAACUGAUAAAAAGGCCAUGAGGAAGAACUAUCUGAAGUCAGGCCGCUUCAAGAUGGAUGUGAUCUGCCUUCUUCCACUGGAUUUUCUUUACCUCAAAGUGGGUUUCCAUCCUCUCUUGCGCUUGCCUCGCUGUUUAAAGUACAUGGCCUUCUUUGAGUUUAACAAUCGGCUUGAAGCUAUUCUGAGCAAGGCAUAUGUUUACAGAGUGGUAAGGAUCACAGCCUACCUGCUCUUCAGCUUACAUGUGAACUCAUGUUUAUAUUACUGGGCAUCCUCCUCUCAGGGGUUGGGCUCAACUGCCUGGGUCUACAAUGGGGAAGGAAACAGCUAUAUCCGCUGUUAUUACUGGGCUGUCAAGACUUUGAUAACAAUUGGAGGACUGCCAGACCCAGAGACCCUCUUUGAGAUCAUCUUUCAGCUGCUCAAUUACUUCACAGGUGUCUUUGCUUUCUCUGUCAUGAUAGGUCAGAUGAGAGAUGUUGUUGGGGCUGCCACCGCUGGACAGACAUACUAUCGGAGCUGUAUGGACAACACAAUUAGAUACAUGGCUUUGUACAAAAUCCCCCGAUCUGUUCAGAAUAGAGUCAAAACGUGGUAUGAGUACACUUGGCACUCUCAAGGCAUGCUGGACGAAUCGGAAUUACUGAUGCAGCUGCCAGACAAGAUGAAGUUGGACAUUGCAGUUGAUGUGAACUAUGACAUUGUUAGCAAGGUGCCACUUUUUCAGGGUUGUGACCGGCAAAUGAUUUUUGACAUGCUGAAAAGGCUCAGAUCUGUGGUGUACCUGCCCAAUGACUACGUCUGCAAGAAGGGGGAAAUUGGCAGAGAGAUGUACAUCAUUCAAGUCGGGCAAGUCAAGGUGCUCGGAGGACCUGAUGGGAAAACGGUGCUUGUGACUUUGAAAGCUGGAUCUGUGUUUGGAGAAAUAAGCUUACUAGCUGUGGGUGGUGGAAAUCGACGCACAGCAAAUGUUGUGGCUCAUGGAUUUACUAACCUUUUCAUCUUGGAAAAGAAAGAUUUGAAUGAAAUUUUAGUGCAUUAUCCAGAGUCACAGAAGCUGCUGCGGAAGAAGGCCAGGAGAAUGCUGAAAAACAACAGCAAAACUAAGGAUGACAAAAGCAAAGGCAUCAUCAUUCCUCCAAGAGCUGGGACUCCUAAGCUCUUCCAAGCCGCCUUAUUCGCUGCAGGAAAGAUGGGAGGCAAAGGGCGGUUGGCUCAUAUCAGAUGGAAAUUGAAAGAGCUGAAAGCUAUGCAGGAGGCCAGUGCCACUCCAGUUCCACCUAAAUCACCCGCCAGUCAUAGAUCACCAGCCGGCUCCCAGAAAUCAGUUCCACCUAAAUCAUCAGCCAGUCAUAGAUCACCUGCCGGCUCCCGAAGAUCAGUUCUACCUAAAUCACCAGCCAUUCAUAGCUCACCAGCUGGUCCCCAAAAAUCAGAUGACUGCAGCAGAACAGAAAAGAUUGUCUCAAAAUCUUCAGAUCACUCUGUUACGGUUUGCAUAACUCCAGCACCUAAAGGUGAUGAAGAGAUUCUCUCCAUAGAGAUUCUAGACAAGGACGAAACUAAGUAGAAAAGUCCAACUAGCUGACUGUCUUGCGUCUCAUAGAAGGACACUGCCAUAGGCCAUAGCCUGAGGAAGGCACUUUAGUGACUAUGGAUCACUGCAAAAUGCGGAUAGGCUUGGGCUCUUCCAACAUUCAGAAUGUAGCCUCCAACGUUGUGCUAUUAGAUGAAAGAUGGAUUUCCAUCCAUCUCUUUUAAAAUAAGGUCUAGAAUUAUUUGCACCCCCAAGGUAUGGGGGUUCGUCCAUACCUUGGCAGAAUGUGGAUUUUGCACCCCUUGUGCUCUUUUUAAUUCACCCUCAUCUAUGUGACAUCCUCCUCGAACUACUGUUCUCCCACACUUUCCGCAUCAUGAAUCAGGACUUGCACAAGGCACUCCCACAACCUCACUGGGCAACUUCAUCAAGUGCAGAUAGGAGAUUAAUAAUGCCAGUCUUCUUUCUGGGGGUUCCAAAGCCAUUGCCUUUUGUUCUAGCCUUGAUGGACAUGGUGAAGAUUGUUCCUCUGCCUCUGUUUGAUCUCCCUACCCUGCUUACAACCAUUUGAAGAAAAAUAUG